GCCAAGAACAUUUCGGCGAAUAACGGAAAUUGUGGGGCCAAGGGAGGAGAAUGGAUAUGAACUGCGAGGAAAAAGCCUCUGAGCUUAAUUUGUUUCGGGUGGUGUCGCAUUUGCUGAGCUGUCGUCUGGCUUUCUAAAGCCUGGUGCCAGAUUGGUCUGUAUGUGUACAUGUCUUAGGCGCUCAACUUCGGAAUUCUAGGUCAGUAGCUGUUAUGCUUUGUACAGUGUGCACUCUUGUGACAGUUGGCCUACAGUAACUUUAUUUGUAUAACCUUGCACCUAAAGAAGAAAGAAAAUGGCUUGUGUUGAGUUUUCUUUUCAUGUGCCAGGUCUAGAAGAACUCGCUGGAGUUCUGCAGAAGGGACUAAAAGAUAACUUUGCCGAUGUCCAGGUCUCUGUAGUUGAUUGCCCUGAUUUGACUAAGGAACCGUUUUCCUUUCCUGCAAAAGGCAUCUGUGGGAGAACUAGAAUUGCUGAUGUAGGAGGUGUGCCUUACUUAUUUCCUGUUGUAAAACAAGAAAAAGUUUAUGAUCUAAAUAAGGUUGCAAAAGAAAUCAAGCUGCCUGGAGCUUUUAUUCUUGGAGCAGGGGCAGGCCCAUUUCAGACUCUUGGGUUCAAUUCUGAGUUUAUGCCAGUUAUUCAAACAGAAAGUGAACACAAACCUCCUGUGAAUGGAAGUUACUUUGCUUGUAUUAACCCUGUAGAUGGAGGGUGCCUGCUAGAGAAAUACAGUGAGAAAUAUCAUGAUUUUGGGUGUGCAUUGAUGGUUAAUCUUUUUGCCAGUGACGGCCAACCUGGCAAGAUCAUUGAGGUGAAGGCCAAAAGAAGAACUGGAGAACUUAAUUUUGUGACUUGUAUGAGAGAGACUCUUGAAAAAUAUUAUGGAGAUAAGCCUGUAGGAAUGGGAGGUACUUUCAUAAUUCAGAAGGGAAAAGUGAAGACUCACAUUAUGCCCUCAGAAUUUUCUUCCUGCCCAUUGAACACUGAUGAAGACGUGAAUAAAUGGUUGCAUUUUUAUGAGAUGAAUGCCCCUUUGGUUUGUCUGCCAGUUUUUGUAUCCAGAGACCCAGGGUUGGAUUUGCGAUUGGAGCACACUCAUUGUUUCAGUCAUCAUGGAGAAGGUGGGCACUACCAUUAUGACACUACCCCAGACAUAGUGGAAUAUGUUGGAUACUUCUUACCUGCAGAGCUUCUCUAUCGUAUUGACCAACCAAAAGAGACCCAUUUAGUUGGGCGAUAGUGAAUCAGCUGAUACUCAUUUAAGAAAAGAAAUCAUUAACUAAGGUUUACUUUUCAAAUUAUUUUUAAAAUUAAGCUCAUUGAUUGAUACUAACAUAAAAUCCAAUGGAAAUUACCUCAUUACUAAACCCUAUUUUUUUGGCCUUUACACGGAAGGUGUAUGUUGAAAUUAUAUUCUAUAUUAUUUUGUAAAUCCAUCUUAGAGAAACUACUGGAAACAAAGAUACAUAAUUGAAACAUUCUUCAUUUUUAAAUUUUGUGAUACCAGCAAAAUAAUAGUUCAUUUUAUAUCUUAUAUAUUAAUAUGAUCAGGAAUCAUGUCAUUUUACUUACUAUCUAAUAGUAGUAACUUACAUUUCUAUAACACUGUUAAACGUUUCAAAUUAGUCUCACAACUGCUAUGUGAAUUAUUUUUGGGAAUUAGAAAUCAGUGUUUGAAAUGUUGAUAAGUGCUGAAACUUCAUACUGAAUUUUUUAAAUUUCAUUUUAUAAAUCAGAAAAUACUUAUUUUAAUGGAACAAGUUGAUGGGGGUCAGCAUUCCCCUUUUGGUAAUGUUGAGUUUGGUAAGUUUGAGUUUGUACUUUAAAAAUUAUAGCAACUAGAUGGUUAGUCAUGAUUCCUGCCAUGUUUGGAUUUCCGGUUACAAGCAGUUUGUACUUUGUUGGUUAUUUGCAACAAGAGAAGAGAAAAUAAACAGCAUCAAAAUAUAGCUUUGAAGGAGUGUCAUUUAAUUUAUAAUUGAAGCUAUUAAUAAACAUAACUUCUGUUCUUCAUGAGAGAGAAAAUUAGAUUCUUUUACUGAUUGUAAUGGUUGACAUUUUCCUCAGUGUUCUUCUGUAAUAAUCAUUAGCCAGAAAUCAACUCUAAUUUUGUUAAUGCCCAAAACAUGCAGUUCUAGGAGCUCUUUAGUGCUAAGCACAUAAUAAAUCUUCAAAAAGUAAGUUUUGAUUGUCUAAUUUGGAUGUUAGCUAUAACAUGUCCUGAGAGUAUCCAUUCUUAAAUAGUUUCAAAUAAGCACUAGUUUGAAGAAAAAAAAAAAUUAUAUUCAUAAUAUAUUUCUUUUAAUAUCGUGCAUCCAGGCAAAAAUAAUAUUAGUAUUCAGUAUCCAGUAUCCAGUGCCUUCUGGAAUGUAAGCUUCAUGAAGGCAAGGACUUUAUCUGGUCACCACUGUACCCCUAAUGCCUUUAACAGUGCCUGGCCAAAGUAGGCACUGAAUAAAUAUUUGUUAAAUGAAUAAGUGUAUGGGUUAUUAUGCCAGACACUUUGCUAGAUGCUGGGGAUCUAUCAUUCAGUCAUUUAUUUAAUGGAGGAAGACAAACAAUAAGCAAAUAUAUAAUAUGUUAGGUGUAAUACAUUUACCACAGCAUAAUGUCUCUGCUGAGGAAUCUGAUAAUGAAAAUGUUGAUUCCUUCUCUCUAUAUGCUCUCAUAUCUCAUAUAGCACCUGAUGUUUUCUGUUCUGAUAGUGAAGAACCAGUUAUUCCUUCUGAUAUAGAAGCAUAUUUAACUGAACUUUUACCUAAAAACACUCAAGUACAAUUUCCAAAUGAUAAAAAGUAGAAAGGGCUUACUAUUAUAACUGGGACAGAUGAUUCAUAUCCUUCAAAUCCCAUUUUAGAAGAUUAUACUGAAGGAGAAGCUAAACAGUUUAAAAAGCUGUGAAUAUUUGCAAGAAAGCAGAAAGGUCCUCUCAACCUUUAGAUACAGUAAUAGUAAUCUCUUUUCUAAUUUUUUGUCUUUAUACAAGUAGAAGUAUGUUACAUUGCUCUUACAGAAAUCAUAGCUUAAUUAGUAAAAAUAUUAUCAAUAGAGUUUUACAGGCAUUCAAUGCUAAGUCUCUGAUAAUGUGGAUACUUCCCUUUGAUAUUGAACCACUCAUGGAUCAAGGUACUUCGCUUAGUGAGACAUUCGUGUUCAUAAAGCAUCAUUUGAUUUGAUUGAAUGUAAAUCAAAAGUGCUAUAAAUUCUCUGUAACUGAGACAAGGGGGAGCUCUCUGAUCUCACGUCUACCAGCAUCUGGAGGAGCAGGCACUCCCAGGCUUGGUAAUGUAUCAAUUAAUUUUUACAUUGUAAACUUGUUCUUUUUACUUUAAGUGCUCCUUUAGUAAAAAUGUGUUAAAGGUGAA